AUGGCAGAGGCACUUGGGAUUGCAUCUGGGGUUGCGGGGAUAGUGUCUCUUGGUAUUGAAGUCUGCCAAGGCCUGCUUGAGUAUUACGGUUCUUGGAAAGAUGCCGAGAGUGAAGUGAUGACAACAUACAACUCCAUGAAGGAUCUCACCAAGAUUUUACUUAUUGUGGAGUCAACUCUCAAUAGUCAAGACCAGACGUCAGAGAUUAUUGUCAAAAUCCAUGACAAUGUUGCACUCUGCAAAGGCGGAAUUGCCCAAUUGAACAAAAAGCUUCAAAAGAUCAAAGUCAUCUCGUUGCCCAGCACCACAGGCGAGAAGUUACUUUCGCAAGCUCGGAGAGCCCUAUAUCCAUUCAAGAAAAGCACAUUGAUCAAACUGCAAGAAAUUGUGGAAGAGUUGCAAGCCAAACUGCAUUUGACUCUCACAACACUCAAUAUCAACAUCUCCCUUCAACAUUUUGAUGUCGUGUCUGGUCAACUCAAACAUUUAUCCAUCGAAGCGAAUAAAACUCAGAUAGGAAUUGGGAACAUUCAAAACUCGCUGGCAGAUAUUGAUCGCAGAAUCGAUACAAUAGAGUCCCUCUAUGGCAGUGAAUAUCUUCAAAAAUUUUGCGACUGGCUUUCUCCUAUAUUCAAUGUGUUUGAGAAAAAGCACCACGAUGUCUACGCAUUACCUGGCCGACAAGACUGGACGUGGGAAUGGCUUCAAGACACUCAAGAAUUCAAGAAUUGGCUCUCCAGAACAGAAAGAGUAUUGUGGUGUCCAGGACAACCUGGCGUCGGAAAGACUGUACUAUCAUCGUCUAUUAUUAACUACUUGGAGACUCAGGUUAAACAACCUGGUAUUGGUAUCGCAUAUAUAUACUGUGACUACAACAAUGCGUUGCUCACAGUUCCCAACUUCAUUGCGAACCUUUUGCAACAGCUAUUCCGGCAAAGUCCAAAAAGUCCUGAAAACCUUCUCAAGAUUUACAAAAGCUAUACCAAGGACACUGUUCACCCAAGACUUGGAAAAUGUUCCAUAUUGCUUCGAGAUGUCAUUGAGAGCUUCUCACAUGUCUUUAUUGUGGUCGACGGGCUCGACGAAUGUCCUCACCGCGAGAUUGAUGAUAUCCGAGACCAACUUUUAGACCAACUGUUAAACCUGCCUCUCAAAACUCAGCUUCUGUUCACUUCUCGAGAUUUGCCAGCCAUUGCGCUCAGGUUCGCAACAGAUCAGCGCUUGGAGAUUCACGCAAGUAGGCAGGCUAUCGAGGGCUAUCUCCAGGCGCGCAUCAAUAACUCGAAGAACUUGCGUCGCCACAUUCAAAGAAAGCCUAGCUUACAACAGGCCAUUGUCGAGAUGGUUGCACAAAAAGCAGAUGGAAUGUUCCUGCUUGUUCGAAUGUAUAUCGACUUGUUGGCCACGAAAAACGUUCUCGGAAUGGUUGAAAGUACACUGAGAAAUCUUCCAGAAGGGUUGAAAGAACUGGACACAGCUUACGACGAUGUUAUCACGAGAAUCCAAAAUCAAGACGAUGACGACGUCAUGAUGGCCAAACAGAUUUUGACUUGGCUCUACUAUGCUGCCCGACCUCUAAAUCUCCAGCAACUUCGCCACAGCCUGGCUGUCAACCUGGUGGCCGAGGCUGAUCCAGAUGCUAUUGAGUUGGACGAGGAUUUUCUCCCCGAUGAAGAAAUCAUAGUCUCCGUAUGUGCUGGCAUAGUGACUUGCCACGCUGAGAGCAAUACGGUAUCAUUCAUCCACUACACCACAAAGGAAUACUUCAAACGGAGAAUGGAUCGACAAGAAAUUGAACGAUUUUUACAUUUGGAAAUAAACAUCGCAGAGACCUGUCUCAUGUACCUGUCUUUCGAACGCAAGGAGUUUGAAGACUUUCUAACAGCGAGGGAAGAACACAUAGACGUGGACCCAGAACUUUACUAUAUGCUUACAUUCCAGAGGCAUAUCGAGAAAGAGUGCCUCGAUUGGGACCUUGAUACUUGUUACCCACUCUUCCAUUACGCAGCUCGAUACUGGGGAGACCAUGUUAAGGAUAUGCUCGGACAGGUCACCCAAGAUCUAUUCAUGAGAUUUGUGCAGCAGCGAACCGGUUUGGAGGCAUCUGUUCAGGUGUUGGCCGAGAAGGAGUAUUAUGGACAAAGAUUUCCGAUUUCAAUAUCAGGCCUUUGCCUAGCAUCAUUCUUCGGAUUGGAAGGAAUAGUGACGAUGUUAUUAGAAGACGGUCAAAAUGUAAACGCGAAGAACGAAGAUGAUUGGACGGCACUUCAUAUAGCUGCCACAAGAGGACAUGCGGCAAUAGUGCAGCUAUUGAUUGACAAGGGCGCAAGCGUCAAUGCGGUGACAGACGUGCCUGACAACGAGACUUCCAGAGCAACAGCCCUGCACUGGGCCGCACGAAGCGGUCAUGAGAACGUGCUGGAUAUCUUGCUCAAUAACGGCGCGGACAUUGAUUUGCGGACCGGGGACGGCGAAACAGCACUCCACUGGGCAGCAGGGAAGGGCCACGUAGGAGCCAUUGCACUGUUGUUGAACAGAGGUGCGGAUUUGGAAGCAAAGUCCGUACACGGGUUCACACCGCUAUGUACUGCAGCCCGGAGUGGGCAAGAAGCUGGUGUGAUGGUUUUGAUUGAGAGAGGCGCUGAUCUCUCGGUCACCACCGAGGGAGAUUCUCUCCUCCAUUUCGCCGCUAAAGGUAGAAAUGUAGAGAUAGUACAGCUGCUUCUAGACAAAGGCUUUGAUGUAAAUCUCAUCGGUGCAAGUGGCGAAUACCCUCUGCACGCCGCGGCGGGGUCUUUUGGUUAUAGACUUAAUUAUAAGCCAGACGGUGUCGUCAGGCUGUUACUGAGGGAAGGAGCAGAUAUUUCUAACAGAGAGGGACAUGGAAGAACAGCGCUUCACGCUAGCGCUUUGAUGAUGGGGGGCGAUAAAACGGCGCGCCUGCUUCUAGAGAGCGGAAUUGAGGUUGACGCUCAGGACGACACCGGGGAGACUGCGUUGCAUGUCGCUGCCAAGUUCGGAAGCGACACUGUCGUGCAGAUACUUAUCGAACAUGGAGCUGAUGUCACUGCGGAGACUGAAUACGGAGAGACUGCGUUGGAAUUCGCAGCUUGGAAUGGCCAUGAAGCCAUAGUGCGGCUCCUAUUGGAGCACCUUGACGGAGAGGAUUCUGAAGCUUGGCUGGCCACUUCACGUAUUUUCGAUGUCGCCAUGGCUGGUGAUGUAGAAGCCAUGCAGCUACUCCUUGAUCAAGGGGCUGAUAUUAGUACAGCAGAGGAUUACGAGGGGAAGACACCGCUACAUAUGGCUGCCAGCAGAGGUCACGUCGCGCUAUCCAGGCUGUUACUCGAGAACGGCGCCGACGUCGAUGCAAUUGACUUGGAAGACUACACUCCUCUUGCUAGGGCUGCUCAAUACGGAGACAUCGAAGUUGUACGUCUUCUUCUAGAGCAUGAAGCAGACAUUACGCUAGGGGAACCACCAUUAUUUUGUGCUAUUGAUCCGAGCAUGGGUUAUGGUGAUGUAGAGAUUGUUCAGCUGCUGUUAGAGAACGGAGCUGAUGUAUCUGCGACUCACCAGCGUUGGGGAACUACAUUGGAUGCAGCUAUGCACCAAGAUUCAGAGCUAAUAAUCGAUUUACUGCUUGAAUAUGGAGCCGUGGUUGGGCCGCAAAAUAAAGACGGAGAAACUGCAGAAACUGCGUUAGAUUGAGGUAUUAAAUGAGGGGAAGAUAUAUCGAAUUUGUGACUUUGGAAAAUGAUAUUUUUUUUAAAAAAAAAAAAAAAAAAAAAUGUUCAACCCAUUUUUAGUUAGGAAAAAAAGAAUUAGUUUCCUUUCAAGCUCUAUAAAUGUUCUCAAUCGUAGGUAAC